CUGCCCUAUAGCAGAUAUACUGCUACAGGGUGGCACGGGUGCGCAAAAUCACAUAUAUAUGUGAUUUUGCAUUUCCGGGUAGGGGGCACAUGCAAGCCACAUGAGCGCCCUACCCGUGCCACUAUUCGCGUCCUCGGCUGUCAAUCAUUGGGUCCUGGCCGCACAUUGACACAGCCCCCUAGUAAACCACUCCCAGCGCACUGUUAACCCUUUGAUCGCCCCUCAUUUUAACCUCUUCCUGCCCAGUGCCAUUAGUACAGUGUCAGUGCUUUUUUUUAGCACUGAUUACUGUAUUGGUGUCACUGGGGAUGUCAGUGACACCAAGUCAGUUCCCCCCAGUGUCAGAAUGCCCACUGCAGUCCCACUAUAA